AUGUUUCGCUUGAGUGGAGCGAUUCUUUCUCUCGUGUUGGUUUCUUUAUUUUGUUUCAGUGCACUGAGUCAUGGUGCCGAAUUUCAAAACCAUGUGGAAGAGCUGAGGCAAUUAUUACGAGAUGCCAAACUUUCCAUCGAUGUGAGCAGUGUCGUGAAUUUAGUUUCUAUUUAUUGUUCAUCAUCAUCAUCUUCAUCGCUCAAUACCAAUCAUGCAAUCAUGUGGGGAAGCACACAAUUUUCAUACACAUUCGGACGAGCAGAUAAUAUGGCCAUUGCAACGGGAAUUAUUUACGAUGGUUAUUCACCCACAUUCAACAAUCAAACUUCAGCAGUGGAUGGAUGGAUGCGAUUAUGGGUCAAUACCUUCACCUCUGCCAAUCGUGGAGCUCACAGUGAUGCAUGUUAUCGUUCCGAAGCCAAUCAACGUUUUGCAUCGGGUAUGGCUGAGGGUCUUCUCACCCAACCACAAAUUUACAACUUCUUUCAAAAUCAAUACUCGAAUUGGGUGUUUGCCAAGAAGACGUACAGCAUGGAUAUGAUGAGAAGUCGAUUUGGAAGUGGUCAUGAAUGGGUCAAGUCCUAUGACCGAUUGGUUUCAUCCUCCUCACGAAUGCAACAACAAGAAAUUCCUCGUGAAAUGAUGAAAAGAGGUUUAGCUCAAUCUGCGAGCCACUCUACCUCCUACUAUUAUCCAGCUGCUUUAAUUGCCUACAUGCAAGAUAAUAUGAAUUGGUUAGAGACUCAAGUGCAACAAAAUCCACAAAAUGCAUAUUGGAUUGAAAUUGAACGAAUUCUGAAUCAAUUCCAUGGACUUGUAGAGGGAUAUACCAUUCGUGCCAACACGGAAAAGAAUGAAAUUUAUGGAAAGUUGAAUUGGCUUGAUUUAUAUUUCUUGAACUCUGCUGGUGAUAUGGAAACUUUGGAAGGAGCGAUUAAGGAUUCGAAUGAAAAUGCAAGAUCUGCAUCUUUCAAAAACAAUGGAGGAAUUGUGUUGCCAGAUGAAGAAACUUUGACCGAUUGUAGCGCUCUCAUCAAGAUCACUCCAGACUGUCGCAAUCUCUUCGCUGGGCAUACUACAUGGAGAGGAUUUAAUAUUAUUAACAAAAUGUACAAGGUCUAUAGUUUGAUGGAAGAUGGAAUUGCCUCUCAAACUGUUGCUUUUGCAUCUUCACCAUCGUUCCUCUCCAGUAAGGACGACUUUUAUGUGACACAACAUGGAUUGGUGACUAUGGAAACAACUAAUGACGUUUUUAACACCAAUCUUUUCCAAUUUAUUACUCCACACAGUGUUAUGUGUUGGAUGCGUUCUAUUGUUGCUAAUAGACUUGCAAAAACUGCCCAUGAAUGGGUCACACUGUUUGGAUUAUAUAACAGUGGAACCUAUAACAACCAAUGGAUGGCUCUCGAUUACAACAAGUUCACUCCUGGCCAGUGUCAAUUGCCCUCUGAUUCAUUAUGGAUUUUGGAACAAAUUCCUGGAACUGUCAUGACGAAAGAUGUUACUCCAAUUUUGAAUAACCAAACAUUCUGGAGCUCUUAUAACAUUCCUUAUUUUGAAUUUAUUUACAAUAUUUCAGGCUAUCCACAAGCAAAGGAAAAGUUUGGAAACGAUUACGACUAUAAUUUAUGUUCCAGAGCUCAAAUCUUUAGAAGAGAGCAAGCCAAGAUUGGAAGCAAUAAGGGAAAACCAGUGGACUUUAAAGAUUUUGGACGAGUGCUUCAAUUCAACGAAUGGAAAACAGAUCAAUUCAGUAACAUGGAUCCAAGUAAAUCCAUUUCCUCAAGAUAUGAUUUGAGAGUGAGCCCUCAGCGUGCAUUUGCAUUUGGUGGUAUUGAUACCAAGGUUGCUGAUUAUACUAAAGUGAAAAAGAGUACAAGUAUGUGGGGAAUUUGUGGUCCAACUCAUCAAGACCCCGUUCAAACACCUCCAUUCUCAUGGAGCGACAAAUGGAAUGUCACACAUUUAGGUCAACCUCAAACCUAUGAUUUCGAUUGGGUUGAUUUAGAGGAUGUUGAAUCAUUCUAUGAGUCAUUGAAGAACAAACUUUUUGGUAUCAAAAAGAAUUAA